AUGGCAGAAGAAAAUAAUUCUCACCCAGCUCAGGCUACCACCGAUGUUUCUGGUCUUCUUCCUCCUGGGCAUUGGGCUGAGGUAGCUGAGAAUGCUAUUGAUAUCGGUACUGGAACAGGCAUCUGGGCUAUCGAUUUCGCAGAUAGCUUCCCAGACACACAGGUCAUAGGCACUGACGUAUCACCAAUUCAACCGGGCUGGAUCCCCCCCAACCUGCGAUUCGAUAUUGAAGACUGCACUCAAGAGUGGACGUUCGCCCCCAACUCGCAAGACUACAUCCACUUUCGCUGGCUGGUCGGCAGCAUCGUCGACUGGGACCAGCUCUUCAAAGAAGCAUAUAGAUGUCUCAAGCCAGGUGGCUAUAUUGAAAGCCACGAGGCUCUCUCAAGAAUGGACUGCGAUGACGGGACUAUCACUGAGAAGAGCGCCAUGCACCAGUGGGGAAAGUUCUUUGUGGAAGGGGGUAAGAAGAUCGGCCGUUCGUUCACAAUCGUUGAGGAUGGAGUGCAGAGAUCUGCCAUGGAAAAGGCCGGUUUUGUCAAUCUUGAGGAACGUGAUUUCAAGGUUCCCAUCGGAGGUUGGCCAAAAGAUUCCAAAUUGAAGGAAAUCGGCAAAUAUGCCCAAGCUACUCUUGAGCAGGAUAUCGAGGGUUAUGUGUUGUUCAUGGCUAACACAGUGGAGGGCUGGACGAAAGAAGAGGUUGAGGUGUAUAUAUCGAUGCUGAGAAGGGAGUUGAGACAGGGGACUAUGCAUCCUUAUUAUUGGCAGAAGGUUGUCUGGGCCCAAAAGCCAGAAGAGUAA